AUGUCAGCCUUUGCUAGUAGAUUACUGCCCAAAACAAACAAUGGCACAGGAGCAUUUGUGCUUCAAUGUCGCAAAAUGGUCUUUAACUACUGUGAAAAGUGGGGAAGCAACAAGGGCAUGAUUGAAUACAUCAAGAAAGAUUUAGUCAAGUUUGCAACAGAGAAUCCUCAGAUUGAAAUUGUUGUUGAACCUAGACCUGCACAUCAUCCCGUCAUUCGUGGCUACUAUUUAAAUGGUCGAGAUAAAGUCAUUUGCACACGCAACUUGUCUCCAUCAGAAAUUAACAAAAAAGUACAACUCUUGAGAGACUCUAGCGGUGAAAAGAUGAAGGAUUUAACCAAGAAGCCUGUUAUUUCUACUACUGAAAGUGUUCGUGGUAUCUGGUCACCAUUCCAUUCGAACCCACAUUCUAUUUAA